AGUGGCUGAAUCACAUAAAUUUUGGAGAAAUCACUUAUGAUCUACAUAAAAUCUAAACAGUAAAAUAUGUUAAAGUGUAUUUUGUUCUGUGCAGGGAGGUUGGUUUUAGAAAUAUGAGGAGAGUCCAUUCAUAAAAGUAUGAAUUUAAAGGCAUAGCUUCUUGCUGCAUUUUAGAUGUUGAUAUGCAAUGUUUCUUUAAUCAGAUUGAAGGCUUACAAUCAGAGAAAAAAUGGUCAAGAUGAUGUUCAGGCACAAUUGAUGAAAGAGCUGACUUCAUUCGAAGCACACCUUUUAAUGACUCCGGAAUUUGUUGAGAUACGAGGAAAGGUUGGAAGAUGUGUUCCAGUUAUUUUACCUCUGGAAACGCGCCAGGCUUUAUAUAUAAGUUUUAUUGCAAGCAAGAUAGUCCGAAAGGCAUGUUCCAUUCCAGUUGAAUCUCCAUACCUUUUUGGUAGCAAAACUGGAGGUGUAUUUAGGGGGUAUGAUGCCAUAUCAAUUGUUGCUCAAGAGGCUGGGCUGUCAAGUCCAAGCCUUAUUCGUACAAGUAAUAUGAGGAAAUAUAUGGCCACCAUGGUUCAGGCUCUUGAUACCAGUGAAGCUGAGAGGAGUUGGAUCAUACAACACCUAGGGCAUAGUAUGGAUGUGCAUUUACACCAUUACAGACAAACAUCUGAUGUACUAGAAAGAACAGAAGUAGCAAAGAUUUUGUUGAUUGAAGAUUUUGGAAUAGUGCCCCAUUAUGUGGGAAGAAAACUUUCCGAUAUUCAGUUGGAUGGUAAGUUAUUUUGAUUUUGAUGUUGAUGUCAUAGCAUGCACCAGACAGAACGCGUCAGAUGUAAUUAUA